GUAAAAGUUGAAAACCAGUGCUUAAUCAAAGAGAACUCGGCCUUAAAGGCCAAAUUUGGCUUUCUAAGUCAGAAAAACUCAGCUACAAUAAAUCUGAAAAGCAACGAAGAUAAGAAGAAGUUUGCUCAUAAAUUAUUCGAACAUGAAGAUUAAGUCUAUAGUAUAGCAACCAAUAGAUGCAGCUAUGCAUUCAGAGCCCUUUAGGGUGCAUCUCGAAGGUUUCGUAAUUGGCAAAUCUCUCUGUACACUAAUUCAAGAGUUCUGGGCCCAAUAUUGGGACUUUGACUACAAGGGGUAUCAUAACAAAGAAGAUCAAAGAAAAUCCUGAUGAAGUUAGAUUCUCUACUAUGGAUCAAGCCUUUGAACAUAUUGAAGAUUUCAGUGACGAACGGAUCGAUUAUAUCACUACCAAGUUUACAGAAAUCAUUGAAAACAUUGGAAAUCGUGAGACAAAGCUGUACCAAUGUUGUCACAAGGACAUGCACAUCUCAGAGUUCCUCAAAAGGUGUCGAGUCAAGAAGAGGUAUUGCAAAUAUAUACAAAAGUCAAUAACUCCGAAAGAAAAGUUUGUCCAUCUCGGCCUUAGUGAAGGUGCCAUCAACUUUAUCGAACAGAAUGGAAGUGCUCUUAAGACCAUUAGAAAUAGGAUCCAGAAGAUAGUUAAAAGGCUUGUUAAGUGCAAGACUGAUUUAUUCAAAACCUAUGCUGAUAUGAAGUCUAUCUAUCAGGACUCAACUACGAAUCAUCUUUACUCUAAGGAAGAUAUCAUUCGAAUCACAGACUUGAUCUAUGAGCUGAAAGAGACUAAAUACUUUUCUUCUGAAUAUCUUUGGCUAUCUUAAGCAUUGUGAAGCACAGAAAAUAGCUGAUGAGAAAUUAAGUGGCAUUGGAAAUCUUAACUUUUUACAUUCAUUUUUUGGGGGGUUAGUAUUCUGAAAAUAAAGUAUUUUUUAAUUUGAAACUCAGCAAACAUAUUUCAAUUAUUUAAUGAUAUCUAUCUUUCUCGAGCACACCACUGGUGACUAAACUCUUAGCUUGAAGGCCUAGAUCUAAGCUGGUAAGACUUUCUUUUGGUGACUGAAUAAAUGUUUCAUUCAAAGAAAGAUUUCAAUCCAUAUUUCAAGAAACAUACUCUUUGUCUUCUACAAAGGAUAAU